CUCGCCGACAGGGCCGCAUUAUGGGAUAGCUAGCUGUUUUGAAUAUGGCCGCCUUACGUCUCACGAUGAUGGCUCCGGGGAGGCAACUUGUACAUGAGCCAACUGCUGAGUGAAACUCUGCAAGUAUGGAUGUUUGCAGACAUCUGAAUUCCGUCCGCUUGGCACUCAACCACUCCAUUCUCAACCCAGAGAAGUGGCUUUGUGCCAUGUGUGGAACCACAGAGUCAGUCUGGGCAUGCCUGAGUUGCUCCAAUGUGGCCUGCGGACGCUUCAACGAGGAACAUGCCCUCACCCACUUCAAGGACACAAAUCAUCCCAUUGCUAUGGAAGUGAAUGACAGAUAUGUCUACUGCUAUGCCUGUGACGAGUAUGUAAUGAAUGACAACUCAGACGGGAUCAUCACUCUGCUCCGGUCAGCGCUCAGUGCCAUUGAAACACAGUCAUUUGACAACAUCGAAACACAAGGGCAGAGACUGCUGCGAUCUUAUUCUUACUCCGGAAUUGAAUCAAGAACACAUGCGGAUGAAAAUGAUAAACUAGCGACAGCAGAUUGCCAUUACAGGAAAACGUUGAUGAGAACAGUAUUUGUGAAAUGGCACAUGUUGAUAUGGCAGAAACACAUGGCAGCAGGAGUAGAGACUCCUGCCAAGAAGGCGAGAACUGAUGGCACCUCCCCCUCCCCCUCCACAAGUACCACCGCCUCCCCUGUCUCACCCACCUCACCCAGCCUCAGGAAGCGGACCCUCAUCCCAGGGGUGACCGGACUCCGAAACCUUGGCAACACCUGCUACAUGAACUCCAUACUACAGGCUCUUGGGCAUAUAGAAGACCUGCGUAGGUUCUUCCUGCACCUCAGCUUCCACAAUGGCUUCAGCCCCCCUGUCACCCCCCAGCGAGACAUGUCCCCUGUCAGAAUGAUACCGUCCUCCAUCCCUGUCCGCUCAUCAAACAGGGUACUGAAGAGGCUGGACACCCUGGAAUGUUUCAAGCACCUGAACACCCCCUCGGCCGUUUCAACCCCCAAGUUUCGUCACAAAGAGGGGGGUCUGAGUGGAGGGGGGACACACGUCUCGUCCGUGGAGGUUCAGCCUGCUGGCGCCUUGCCCCUUGAGGAGGAUGAGGAACACAUUUCCCUCAGCCAGGAGUUGCAUGGCCUGCUACGGGUGCUGUGGUCAGGGAAGUGGGCCCAGGUCAGUCCCCAUGCCUUCCUGCAGGCUGUGUGGAGCAAGAUACCCGCCUUCAAGGGACACUCGCAGCAUGAUGCACAGGAGUUUCUCUGUGAGCUGGUGGAGAAGGUGGAGAGUGAGGCAUCCACGGUGCCGCAGUGCGAGGAGAAGCCCAACAUGAUGGCAGAACUGUUCCAGGGGGAGCUGACCAGUCAGGUCAAGUGUCUAGCCUGCAGGAAUGUCUCCUCCCGCCAUGAACCCUUCAUGGAUCUGUCACUCGAGUUUCCUGAGAGGUAUCAGUUCACCUCAACCAACAAGAAGGUUGCCAAUGAUGUCUGCCAGCUUACCGAAAUGUUGGACAAGUUCACAGAAACUGAAACCCUGGAAAGUCAGACGUACAGCUGUGACAGGUGUAAUAGUAGACGGCGAUUGCCAAAGUCAAAGAUCUACACUGAUGCCCAGAAGCGGUUUGUGGUGAACAAACUUCCCCCUGUGCUACGACUUCAUCUGAAGAGAUUCAGAUGGUCAGGUCGGAAUCAUCGCGAAAAGAUCAGCACUCACGUGGCCUUUGAAGAAGAGCUGAAUAUGACCCCCUACUGCACCAACAUCCCCGAUAUAUGUCAGUACAGACUCACCUCAGUCGUCAUCCAUCAUGGCAGGGGUUUUGGGUCAGGUCACUACACCUCCUAUUGCUACAACAGUGAAGCUGAAUCCUGGAUUCAUUGCAAUGACUCCAAGGUGGAGUUAUGUCCCUUGAAAGAAGUGCUGGCCUCCCAGGCCUAUAUCUUGUUCUAUACUCAGGACUACGAUGUGCCAUUUGAGGACCUUGCUGUGCCUUUAGACUCCAGUUGUGCUGACACGUCACUCUCCUGCUCUCAAGUGGUGGAUGAGGAAAUCACAUUCAACUUCAAACAGCCGUCGCUGUCAAGUUCACUGACAAAUUCAAAAUGGAGAGAUUCCUCCAGUUGUGGGUUGAAGCGCAGGCGCUCAACUUUGUGGUGAAAUUGUGUUUGAAGUUGUGUUGGAACUUCAAGCAGCCUUGUAUGAUACAGACAGUAUGAUUAUACAUGAUGGGAUUUGGUGCCAAUAUGUCUCCCAGCAGCUGUAAUGUCAAAGUGGAAUAAAUACAAGUGUAGCAGUCUGUACUAGACCGAAGGAAAUGUGACUAGACUCGUGCUUUGGAAUAGUGGCUCAGGUCAUAGACUGAUGUUGGAAAUGACGUUUCUUUUUCAAUAUUUUAUCUUUAGCAAAACAUGCUCAAAAACAAAUUUGUCAAGAUACUCAUUAGUGUUAUUUUUGAAAUAUCUGAUUUCUAAUGUGACAGUUCUGAUGUAAAUAUUUCUAUGUUGUAUGAAUAGUGAAGAUCUUGUUAACUUAAAUAGUGUUUUAAGCUUAGAGAUAAGCAAGAAAUAUAAGCAUUGAAUUUCUUUAUUUGAUUAAUUAGGGAACCCCAGAAAAUGACAAUGAAUUUAGAAUUGAUCAUCAUAAAUUGGGGACCGGUCAUUUAGGGUGGGCGGUGCUCAGGCAGAGGUUUUUGAUGCACUACUGUGCUUAGAAUAAUCUGCAUGCACUCACUCACUCACUCUUCCUCUUCCUCUUCCUCUUAAUGCUUGUGGAUGAAACUUUCCAUGUCCUUUUACACUUUUUUUCAAUGUUCUCUCCAAGAGGAAAGAUGCAAAAGUUUGUCUUCUUUAUUUGUGCCCCUCCCUUCAAGUCUGUCAUAAUUUUUUAUGACCCUCCUGAAUGCCCUUGUGAUAAAUGACUGGUCCCUUAAUUGAGCAGAAGUGAUAUAGAUGAAUGUAUGUUAGAUUGAGGACAGGUUCAGGACACUUUACAUAUACUUUCUCCAUGUUCACAGUUCAAACAUGAUUCUUUCAAGAGCCAGUAUUUUAUAUAUAUUGUUUUAGGCUUUUGAAAACAAUGAGUAUGAGACUCCUUAUGUUCUUAAGAGAUAAGAUAAGUAUUUUGCUGAGAGCACUGCCAGGGAUUUAUCUGGUCCUGAUUAGGGGCUGAUUUGGGCGGGAAAAUCUGCAGCAAAAGUCAGCAAAAAAUCCAAAAGUGGAAUUAUGAAUUUCCCAAUUCAUUUGUAGAAGUGUCUUGUAUUUCACUGACAACAAGACCAAUAUCAUGUGAAUGUAGAGAAAGAGGCUUUAAUGUUUAUUUUAACAUUAUUGCAUUGAAUGCAAUGUUAAUAUUCAAUAUUAAAAUACCUCUGCAUUUAGGAAAUUAAGAUUUUUUAAGAUAAUCUUAGUUUUGAACAAAAUAACAAUUUUUUUCCAAUUUGCCUGCCAAGAGCAUGUAAUUUUGAUUCCAAGAUGAAUCUCUGACUCUCUCUGAAGCAACUAAAUCAUAAUUAGGACAUAGCGUACAAACCAGUCAGAAAAUGUUGUUCUGAAUCCUGGUUGUAUUACCAUCACACUGGUGAAAGAGGCAGGAAGCACAGUAAUAUGCAGAUGCAAGAUGUGAAACUCUUUAUGGAUAACAACUUAUUAUUCUUUGUAACAAAGUUUCAAGACAUCUUGCCCCAUCAUCAGGUGAAUCAUUCUAAGGACACCUUCAUUUGUGGUUGUGUCAGGUGAACUUUCUAAUCUGCCAAUCAGUGUUGAGGCUUCUAAAUUCUCGGUAUGAGUGAGGGAGGAAUUCAAUGAAGAGUAUCUGAUUUCUGUAUCUCAAAAACAAAUAUAAUUGGGGAUAUCCAAAUGAAACAGUAUACAGCUUCAUUAUUAUAUAGUUGGGGAAUAAAGAAGUUGCUAUCCAUAAAAAGUUUCACGUGUCCAUGUUUUUCCAACUUCCAAAUGCCUAUCAAAGACUUCAACUUUGUCAACAUGUGAUUAUAUAUGGUUCAUAUCAACAAGAGAGUCAGUGUCAACUGAAGCUCUCUUCAAGUUCAGUGUCGUAUCAAACAUAGUUUCUCUUAUGUGUGUUCCCUAAUUUGUUUCCAUCAGUAUAUAUGGCUAAGAUUGUGAACCAAUAUGAAAUUGUGACAAAUGUAAUCAGAUGAUGUGAUGUGAACAUUUAGCAUGUUAAGAGCUUGUGGGCUGACCAGAUCUGGCUAAAAUGAUAAAUUGUAUCAUAUGAUACCGGUUAUGUGAACUUGGUGUGCUUCCAUCCUGAAUUAUGAGGUUGUGAUUGAGAUGACGUCACAGCAUGGCAGCAUAUGUUGGGAAACUGGCUUGAACUGUAAAAUGGGCAUACCAUGAAUGUUUUGCGUCCCAAUAGGCAGCUUGUUUUGUACUUCAGAUGUUGUGUUCUUGUGUCAUGACUAUUGAUUUUCAUAGAUUGUAAACCAUCUUCCUGAGGCAAGGGAGUUAUCUGACUGUAAAAAUCCAGUUUCCACCCUUGUCAAACUAUGCUAUAAUCUCUUGGCUUGAUCGUAGUGCCACCAGUUGCUAUUACGAGUUAUGGCUCUUCUAUUGACCAAUCAGAUUGCAUCUCUCAUCACUUGCACUUGCUUCAAAUAAAAUGGUGGCAUCCAGUGAAGAUGAUCUGAUGGAUAAUCAAGAUCUAUAAUGUAAUAAAAGUUACUUUGAGAAGUGCAUCAAAUCACAUGAACACCUAGAUUUAUAACAUGAAAAGAUUUGGAAAGUACACAUGCUUUGCAAAUCCUGCAUUCUACAUGUUCUGAACCGGAUGUCGAUUUUGUUACCCGAUUUUGAUUGGACUGUGCAUGGACUUGUUUGUCCAGCCAAAAUAUAACUCCAUAAUUCCAGCCUAGUUCAGCAAGGGUGAAAAAUGGACUUUUAUGGUCAGUUAACUGUCUUGACUCGGGAAGAUGAUUGUAAAGGGGCAAUGUAGACUUGUCACAAGUCACCAAGGUAUAUUGUCCCAUUGUUUUGUUGAUAUCAUCAGUGCUACCCAUGGGCUUUAUCGGAUGACCAUUUUUCUCCCACAUUAUAGUGUCAGUUUCACAUUUUUUAGAAGCUUUAUAUAACAAAUGAAUGGCAUUUUCUCAGGAUUUUCUAUAUUUUCACACCCACAUAUUUUUGUGUCAGUCUUCUGUGUUCAGAACAAAUUCUGCUCCCUUUUUGAUCAGCCCACCUCGACAUGCCUCAUUUCAUUUUGGAUGAAGGCACAACUCACUGUGCCGAGUCCCAUAGGCUCACCAGAAACCUUUCAUCAUAAAGGUUUGCCACAAUUAUGUUACUAGAUUUGUCAGCACCAUACCCAUGCUCAUUGGUUUCACCAAAGUGGUAAACAAAUGCAUCACUUCGAGCUUUCCUCCAACAUCAAGCUGACACCAAGGUAUAGCUGGAAUACUGUUCAAAGAGACGUUAAAUCGAACUCAUUCACUCACUCAUUCACUUAAAUGCUGCAUAGUGUUAAACUCACUCACUCACUCAUAUGGGAUGAUGCCUGGGAUGUUGGUGUUGUGCAGACAUCUGCAGCCUUCGAAAUUCAGGGUUUGUUUAAAACUGGUCGAAAGGACUCGUGGAAACGUUAUUUCACUAGCCCUCUGGUUUUGCAGCUAAUCUAAUCUUGAAUAAGACCAAAUGUUUACUAUGUUUACAUUUUGUCAGUUUUAUUCAGUUCCAGUUUGUAGCAAAUUGAAGCAUUGAGAGCUGGCUCAGAAUUACAGCCCUCAAUGAGGACUACCAUAAUUUGAUUUUUUUUUUGUCCUCUGCAAGUGUACUUGAGUGAAUUUCGCAGUUUGCAUGUGUGGAAUUGGUAGCCAGCCGAGUGGUCCCCAUGAAUCCAUGUAAUGGCAGCCAUACUGUCCCCUGAUCAAUCAUUGUCAUUGCUAUUAUAUAGAUUCCUUGAUUAACAUGAUUUCAUUUCUUCACAGAAGAACUUUUCACAAGUGGGGCUCUUUGGUAGGCCAAUGGUUCAGGUGUUAGCUCAUCAUGCCAAAGACCUUGGUUUGAUUGCCCCAAGGAUGGGACAAUGUGUGAAGCCCAUUCUAGAUUUUCCCCUCCUUGAUCAGUCUCAUUAGAAUCAGAUCUUUUACUCCAUUUCGUUACCAACAUUGAGAUCUGAGGUCACGUCAGGUGAACUUUCUAAUCAGCCAAUCAGUGUUGGGGCUUCUAAAUUCUCGGUAUGAGUGAGCGAAGCAUUCAAAGAAGCAUAUCUGAUUUCUGUAUCUCGAAAGCAAAUAUAUUUGGGGAGAUCUGCAGCUGCGAUAUUAUAUGGCUGUGGGUAUUUUAAAAUCAUGUCAUUUUUUAUCACCGUGGCAUCUGCACCCUAAAGGGUGUACCCAUUGCUAUGGAAGAAACGUGUGUGGCAGUUUUCUUUUCCUAAGAUCAAAAUUUCUGGAUCAGUUUAAGAAAGCUGACAUCUGAUUGGUUCAAGAACCUUCAGUUUGACCAGGCAGUUAAAGUUUGUUCAGGGUGUGCUAGAUGUGACCUAUCGAUGUGCCAUCAGAUCUUCAUGCAGAGAGGGAUCAGAGUGAUCUGAUUUUAAUGAGACUGCACCAUGAUACCUGUGACAUAUUGCUCACACCCUUUCACUCUGAUUCUCAUUUCAAUAUACCUGGGGCAGCCAAGUGGUAAUGUGUUCAUUUAUUCUGCCGAAGACCUCAGUUCUAUUCCUUUGGGAGAACAAUUUAUAGGGAAAAAACCACUUAAUCUUGUUGUCCAUUCUGUUACUUAACUGUUACCUUUUAUGCUCAGAUCCUAAAAAAACUCAUUCUCCCUAUUUCCGUGCUGUGUUCAAUUUUAUAUCUGGGAUAGGCAAGUGGUGAAGUGCACAUUUAUUCCAUCAAAGACAUGGGUUCUAUUCCCUUUGGAAAACAUUUUGUGUCACUCAAUCAUGUUGAUCUUUCUGUGAUACUUUAAUUAUUCCUCUAUUGCUAAGCUCUCUCUGUCUUGUUUUUCCAUGCUGUUCAAAUUUAUACCUUGGGUAGCCCAGCGGUUAAAGUGCUUAGUUGUUCCAUCAGAAACAUGGGUUCUGUUCCUCUUCACCAGGAGCUUCUCUCACUCCCAGCUUUAGAAAUUGACAGUAGUCCCAUGGUCCUUGCCAAACAGCUCAAUAGUUCAUGUAUUAUAAGGACUAGUAGAAAUUUGCCAUUAUCAGUGGUUUUGCUCUAUGUUAUCAUUAUGGGGACUAGUUUACAGAAAGAGUUAGGCCAGGCGUGUUAUAUUUUUCGGAUUACGGACCAGCCGACUCUAAUUUUUGAGAAAAUGUAUAUAAAAAAAAGAAAAUCAGAUUUCCAUAUAUUUUUUUCACCACACCGAUAGCCAUGUAGUCAGUUAUUUUAUUUGUUAUCAUCACCUUUUAAUAAUAAACAUAUGAACUUUGUUGAUCUCGAAGCCAAACAUGAAUAGCCUCCCUUGAACAUUUUCCUGGUCGUAAGUGGUAGAAUGUUUAUUGUUACAAGGGGCAUUAUCAUCACAAAUGGCGGUCUUUUGAGCACAGAAUAUGUUCAUAAAGUAUGCCAGAGGCAUUCUGCAUUUUUAAAAAUUGCAUCUGGCUUUUUUUUCCCUCCUCCAACCUUGACUUUGGGCUGAAAAAUCCGUAAUAAAAUAAAAAAAUUCUGGCCUUAGUUUCUAUUGCUGACUCCUAUUGUACCAUGGUUACUCGAAAUCAACCUGUAGUUCUAGGUGUAAUUACAGAGCAGCAGCCCAGAUUAUAGGAUGCUUACAUCAGCACAGUAUGUAGUGCUCUUGCAGUACCCCAGUUUUAAGUACUGAGUGAGGCGUUGAACAACAAACCCACACAAUUUAAGUAUGUCAGGUCACUGUGACUUCCAUGGUCACACCUAGCUGGUCACAUGUAAAAGGAGUAUUGAGUACUUUUCAUACAGUUGUUUGACAGAUUGAGUGCCAUUCUGUUAUCAUGCCCUGUCCAUACUUAUGUAGUUGUAGUCAGGCCCAGGAAACAAUGGUUCCACGAAGAUAUGAAACUGAUUGGUUGUUGUGUUCUGCAGCAUUACUCGUUCAAUCCUGUUCACCAUCAUGGUAAAACUUGUUGACCCUCUUGCAUUCAUAGAAUACAGGUUUCCUACGGUAAUAUGGUUGUAAGCAUAUUUUGUAUGGAGUAAACAUGUUAUUUGCCUUGUAGGGUGUAUUAAAGAAAGACCCCAUUACUAAUCUCGACACAUGUACUUAAACUUUUCAUGUGUGCAUCUUGAACCAAUUCACAUAUUUUUCAAGACUGUUGACUGUCAACAAACCAGUAGUCAUCACCAUUAUCGUCAUUUUAAGGUGUGAAGCCUUUACUGAUGCACCUUGCCGUGAUAUUGCUGGAAUAUUGCUAACAGCAGCGUAAAACAUACUCGCUUACGACAACAAAAACUGAUGUCUUUGACUGGGGAAGCUUUGACGUAGGUGACGUAUCCUAGGUGUUUGAGUGCAGCAUUGUCAUCCCACACCAAUUUCAGUAUCCGGAAUCUUUAGUAAAUGUGCAAUUUCAGGAAUGUGGGUUCAUUCUGCUGGAGUGUUAGACACCAUUCUACUGGAGGAUGUCGUUUAGAUGCAAUUAGACAGGGAUAAAAUCAAGAAUAUGAAAACAGUAACAUGCAAAUUGAAGGAUGCAAUAAGUGUUGCCUUGAUGAACCUCUUAUCUUGUACUUACUACACAAUGUUCCCAUUAUGCAAUGUGUCUGAAAGUUUUACUACAUUGCUAAGUGGAAUUGGUUGAUCUUUUCCUUGCGAUAUCGUAUGAAGAAUUCACAUGAAGUCUUAGAUGUAGUUUGUGUUGGAAUUUUCAUUUCUGGAAUAACAUUUUUCAAUUUUCAAAUAAAAAACAUAGUACUGAUUUUUAUCACAUGCUCACAUUAUUGCUGUGACCACCAUGACAGGUAUCUCUUUCUUCUUUCCCUCCUCCCCCCGUACUUGUGAAUAUCACUGUUCCAAGUGGACUGUGUCUAGAUAUGCCAGUUCAUGUUCAUGUUCAAACAUCUCUUCCCGUUUGAUUUUUCUCAAACUGGUGUCUUACCCAGGUGAAAUUAACUGAUUAUUACUUUGUACUAGAAAUCCCAUCAGUGUCCUAUGUCCUGUAUUGUGUCUGUGUUGUACUGUGUCCCACCACAAAGCCACCCUGCAGUAUUCUGAUGUGUAAAUAGAAGGAGCUGUUACAUCUAUUGAGAGCCAAGGUUUAUUUUUGCAUGUUGUGUAAUCCACCAUAUUUAAAAAAUGUGACAAAUAUGAAUGUAUUUUAUCUAUGAAUCUGGAUCUGUUGUGAUGAGGUCUUCACCUGAAACGGUGCCCUGAACUGAAUGGUGAACGAGGUGGAAUAAAGAAGUCGCCACCAAGGGAGACAACUACAGUAUGUCUCCCCGAGAGGACUAGUGCUUUGUUGGUAAACUUAACUCCAUCAAAACAAGAUUGACUUCUGGAUUUCAACUGUUUAUUAUUAUUCCUUCAGGGUAACAUUUCAUUAAAGAUCUUCUCAUUGCCACUUCAAGAAACUGCAAUCACCCAUUAUCUAUUUCAUUUGAAAUUUAGAGAGAAAAAAACAUGAAAUGUGUACCAGAGAUAUAAUAUGUAUAUAUUGUUUCAGAAAAUGGAACUGGUCUAACAGUUGAAUAAUAUUCUUGCUUCAUUUGUUGAAUAAAAUCAAUGGAUUAGCAAAAUAUUUAAAAACUGCUACAAAUUAGAUUCUGAGACCUAAGAUGUUACAGCCUGAUGUUUUGAUGGGUUUUUGGGGGGGACGGGGGAAGAGAUUUGUUUUUAUUUUAUUUUGGGGGUGGGGGGAUACUUUUGUUGUUGGACAGGUGAAUGAGGGACAACCUAUAAUUAACACCUGAAACAAGACAAAAGCUGAAAAUGACUGUUUCCCCAAAAUAAUUUGGCCAACUCUGUUUAACAAUGAGGUAAAACAAACAAAAAAACACAAGAUUUUAUUACCCCUGUUCAUAAGAAACGGUGAAGAAUAUAUAUGAAAAUCUUUAUACAACAACAAAAACCCUAUCAAAUGUCUGUCAGUAUCUUGAUGUUAAAACAUGUUUGUUUUUCAUUCAUUCAUAGCAGCACUAAUCAAAUAUAGAAGUUGAAUUUUAUUUGUGUUUUUCCCCCGACCACCUACAUUGUAUUUUAUUGUAGGAUGUUAAAUUAUUUUACAAGUAUCCACCUGUUAUGGGUUUUCCGAUGCUUAAGAAACAAUAAUAAUUUUGUGAUCAUCACAAUAAACAUGGCCGUCCUGAAACAUAUAAUCGGACAAUACAUGUAUUUCCUACAGUCAGUGGAGACUGUGUUUUCUUGCAAUGCUUCUGCAAGAACCCUUGUACUAUUCUAUGUAUUUGAUAACAAACUAUUUAAGUUAACAGUCAUGGUAUAUCAGGUUUGGGUAAGGACUGGAGCAGUUUGGGAAUAAAGAUAGAUUUGGAGGAUUUUUCAAAAUGUUCAUCCUUGUCAGUCGUCCAUGAACUGAAAUAAAUAAAAAGGUGUUGCCUAGGUAGUGUCUUUGUUGUAGUGUGUAUGUGUGUGUAUAUCCGUGUAUAUCCUCCGGGAUGUUACUUAGUGUGGAACAUGUCUCUCGGGCCAAUCUACUUACAUGUUUUAGUUUUGUUACAUAUGUACAUUUUUAAACAGAUGAAUACUAGAAAAUUCUUAUUGCUAAAAGCCAAAUCUACCUGAAAUGUGUAUGUUGCUGUACCAUCUACCCAUGUAAAUAAAACUUUGUAAAUGA